AUGGAACCGGAGCUGGAGCUGCGGGAAGGAACCGGAGCUGGAGCUGCGGGAAGGAACCGGAGCUGGAGCUGCGGGAAGGAACCGGAGCUGGAGCUGGCUGCCUCCUGCCAGCUGCCGCAGGCCCGGGACUCGCCCGCUCACGUUGCGGAGGGGAAGGACCGUCCCUUCCCGGCCGCCGGGGCCCGCUGGAAGGAGCCCCCGGGCCCGCAGCCGCUGCCCGUCCCAGGGGUGCAGAUGGAUCCCUGUCCUGCCUCGGAGGACACGUGGCAGUGCGGAGUGGCAGCUGUAGUAUCGCUUACUGCAGGAUCUGGUAGUAAUCAGAAAGGUGAGGAGUUAGUGAAACCCAUGUUGUAUUUAUUGCCAGUUUACAGGGAGACAGAGGGCGGCCGGUGCCGCAAANAAGUGAGCUCCAUCAGCCGCAUCCUGCGGAGCAAGUUUGGGAAAGGCGAGGAAGAGGAGGCUGAGCUGGAAAGAAAAGAAGUGGAGGAAGGCGACAAGAAGGCCAAGCACAGCAUUGAUGGCAUCCUCAGCGAAAGAGCAUCAGCACCUCAGUCUGAUGAAGGCUCUGACAUUGAUUCUGAACCAGAUUUACCUUUAAAAAGAAAGCAGCGUCGCAGCAGGACAACCUUCACAGCAGAACAACUGGAAGAGCUGGAAAGAGCUUUUGAGAGGACACACUACCCUGACAUUUACACCAGGGAAGAACUUGCACAAAGAGCCAAACUCACAGAGGCUCGUGUCCAGGUCUGGUUUAGUAAUCGUCGUGCCAGAUGGAGGAAACAGGCAGGAGCCAACCAACUGAUGGCUUUCAACCAUCUGAUCCCUGGAGGAUUCCCACCCAGUGCCAUGCCGACUUUGCCGACGUACCAGCUCUCUGAGCCCUCCUACCAACCCACCUCCAUACCGCAAGCUGUGUCUGAUCCAAGCAGUACCGUCCAUAGACCUCAGCCUCUCCCUCCAAGCACUGUACACCAAAGCAGCCUCCCUUCGAACCCAGAGAGCAGCUCUGCCUAUUGCCUCCCCAGCAGCAGGCAUGGAUUUUCCAGCUAUACAGACAGCUUUGUGCCUCCGUCCGGGCCCUCCAAUCCCAUGAACCCUGCCAUUGGCAAUGGCCUCUCACCUCAGGUAAUGGGACUCUUGACUAACCACGGUGGCGUGCCUCACCAGCCCCAAACUGAUUAUGCCCUGUCCCCUCUAACUGGGGGCCUGGAGCCCACCACCACUGUGUCAGCCAGCUGCAGCCAGAGGUUAGAUCACAUGAAGAGCUUAGACAGCCUGCCUACAUCCCAGUCCUACUGCCCGCCGACCUACAGCACCACGGGAUACAGCAUGGACCCCGUCACGGGCUACCAGUACGGCCAGUACGGCCAAAGUGCCUUUCAUUAUCUGAAGCCAGAUAUUGCGUAAAUGAACUGUCCACUUCAAGUUAAAGCUUGUCUCGUUUUCCGGUCUCACUCCAAGGUUUGGAUAUGAGGGAUCUUCUCAACACAGUGCAGCCUAAACUGGGGCAGUCCCACUGAGAGAAACAUGCUUGUUAUGUUCUCUCCAGUCAUAGCUUUUAGUAGACUUUUGAAGGCUGCACAGAGCUAUACAGAAGACAAAGGCCAAAAGCAAUAAUGAAUAAAUGUGACAUGCUUCAUUAUGAGUGGGUAUACAAAACAGAGCAGUAUUUAACAUCACAACCUGGCAAACAUUCCAUUUUUUUGUUGUUGAAAUUAAUGUGCAUUGAUUGGGACAAAUGGAACAUUUUGAAACUAAAGACUUAGAGCAGUUGAGCUCUGCAUACUCUGACUCAUCUGACAUCCAGUGCUGACUUUAGUCUAACUAUAAAACAGCUCAGUUUCUGAAGCAAGGUUGGGAGAGCCUCUCACUGUACACACUGGAAAUUGUCAUCAAGAGGAAACGUCACAGUCCCUAGGAAGCUGGAUAAGAGUGAAAGACUUCCUGAGCAACUCGUUGGUUACCUUACCAUGCUUUUGUAAUCACCUUGUCAAUAAAUGUCACUCACAGGUUCUGCUUUA